CAAAACACAUAAACAAAAAGAAUACUACAACCGAACCCCAUUCGAAAAGAAAAGAAGAAAAUGGUGAAGAAGAGCCUUCAUUUACACACCACUCACAAAACCAUCUUAGCUCUGAGAGUUUCAUUACUUCUCUUCCUUCUCUCUUCACUCAGCAGCCAUGGCCACGCCAUCAAAGCUCACAUCUUCAUCUACGCAGGCUGCUCCGAAGAGAAGUACCAACCAGGCUCACCAUUUGAGGGAAACCUCAACUCCUUACUUUCCUCAGUCGUUAGCUCAUCCUCUCAAGCCUUGUACAAUAGCUUUUCCGUAGGGAAUGGAAGCUCGAUACCACCAGAGGCUGCCACUUAUGGAUUGUUCCAGUGCAGGGGUGAUUUGAAGAUCCUUGAUUGCUCCAAAUGCGUAGAGAGUGCAGUUAGCCAAAUAGGCUUGGUUUGUCCAUAUUCCUAUGGAGCUUCUUUGCAGCUAGAAGGUUGUUAUGUUAGAUACGAGCAUAAUGACUUCUUGGGGAAAGUUGAUGCCGGUGUUAGGUACAAGAAGUGUAGCAAAAGUGUGAACAAUGAUGUCGAGUUCUUUAGGCGAAGAGAUGAUGUUCUGGCCGACUUGGAGAGUGCCAUUAGUUUUAGAGUUAGUAGUUCCGGUUUGGUUGAGGGCUUUGCUCAGUGUUUUGGAGAUUUGAACCCAACUGACUGCUCUUCUUGUCUGGCUGAGGCUGUUGGAAAGUUAAAAACCUUGUGUGGUUCGGCUGCAGCAGCUGAUGUGUUCUUGGGACAAUGCUAUGCUCGUUACUGGGCUUCUGGCUACUACGAGCUAUCCAAAGACUCCACUAGUGAAGAUGAAGUGGGAAAAACAGUAGCCAUUAUAGUUGGUGUACUUGCAGGCUUAGCAGUUCUGAUUGUCCUCCUCUCAAUUUGUCGGAAAACAAUGAGUUAAGGAAAGAGACUAGAGAGGUCUGAGGGAGUCUUUCAAAUGAUAUGAAUUGAAGAUUGGAUUGGAGAGAGUAAUGAUUUUGAAGGAUCACAUUUUGUUGGUUUUUAUAUUCUUGUGACAACUUUGUCUUCAAUUUCUUUUGUUUAAUUUAAUUAAUACCAUAUAAUAAUAUGGUAUAGUUUUCCACAAAAGAAGAAGGUGGGUGUUAUCUUGUGGUAUAAAGUAACAUUCUAAUCUCCAUCAACUUUAAAAAGAGCUGCUGAUUCUCUUCCCUCU